GAAGCUGAUCGAUCAGAAAAGGUGAUCGAAUCAAGCCAGUCCGCCAAAAAACAGAACAGCUUUCCACGCGAGGUCGAGAAGCCUCUCGAACCUUCCGGAUUCCCUCAAACCCUAGCUUAAACCCUAGCAUUCUCGCCCAAAUUGGCGCGGCGGCCUCUAUGGCUGAAGAGGAGAAGGCGGCGACGGCGGAGGGGGACGCGACGGAGGACGUGAGCGACGUCGACGACUCGCCCCUCCCGGCGUUGAGGCGCCGCGCGGCGGCGAGCGACGACGAGGAGGAGGGCGAUGGCGGCGGCGGUGGGGGGAGUGGUUCCUCGCCGCCGCCGAGGGUGGUCUGGUCCGAUUCCGACUCCGACGAGCUGGGCGCGGCCGAGGUGGACGGCGAAGACGAGGGUUCUGAGGAAUGCGAGGAGGUUCGCAAGGAGUUCGACGCAGGAUCUGGGGGCGGUGGAGAGGCCAAGGAAGUGACGCCGGAUGAGGUGGCUGCGGCGCCGGAGGACGAGGGGAAGUACGAGGAGGAGGAGGAGGAGGCCCAGGCUGAGACGGGAGCCGAACUGAAAGAAGAGGACAAGGAGAACAAGGGGUUCGAGCCCGACGCCGUGCCGAGAACAGGUGCCUUCUACAUGCACGAUGAUCGCUUCCAGAACAAGGAAAACCGCGGCCGCGGGCGCCAGAGGGACUUUUCCGGUGGCCAAAAGUUAUGGAAUUCUAAAGAUGACAGCGUAUGGCUGCAUGAUCGGUUUAAUGAGAUCAAUACCCAUGAUGUUCAACAUGACAGUACAAGGAGGCCAAGAAGUCCUUUUAGAGCUUGGGCUGGUGGUAGAACUCAUGAUGUUAAUCAUGAUCGGUUUGAUGAGAUCAAUACCCAUUAUGUUCAACAUGACAGUACAAGGAGGCCAAGAAGUCCUUUUAGAGCUCGGGCUGGUGGUAGAACUCAUGAUGUUAACCAUGAUCGGUCUGAUGAGAUCAAUACCCAUUAUGUUCAACAUGACAGUACAAGGAGGCCAAGAAGUCCUUUUAGAGCAUGGGCUGGUGGUAGAACUCAUGACGCUAACCAUGACCGGUUUGAUGAGAUCAAUACCCGUUAUGUUCAACAUGACAGUACAAGGAGGCCAAGAAGUCCUUUUAGAGCAUGGGCUGGUGGUAGAACUCAUGACGUUAACCAUGGUUAUCUAGAAGGAACCAAAUCCGCAUCAUAUUAUCAUGAUUACAGAGCAGACUACAAGUAUGGGAGUAUCAACAACUACAAUAGAUUUCCAAAAGAGGCCAAAACUUCCUAUUACAGCGCCAAGAACUACAGAAGUGUUCCAAGAAAAUCCCAUUCGUACUAUGACGAGCAGAACUUUUAUAAUGCUCGGACAGAAUCUCGUAUCUGUUAUGUGAAUGCUAAAGGUCACAACAAUGCACCAAAUGUUAACAGAGGGAAACCAUCAAGGCCCUACCAACCUACCUGGAAGAAUACUUUCCAAACCUCUUCAGUGCAAAACAAUAGGACAUAUUCCAGAUCACAGAAUGAGGAGGGCUGUUCUGAUACAGGUGUGGAAAAGAACUCACAUCGAACUUUAAGUUUGCAGAAUGAACAAGAGUUUACGUCGAAGCAAGAACCCCCCUUUGUAGAAAGAAGGAAAGCACGACCUGACAUUUUAAGUAAGCUCUUCUCAUCCUCUGUUCGAAUGGCACAUAGUUCUCUGAAACCUCAGUCUCGUUCCAGUUUUGGAGUGAAGGCAUUUGCUCCAUCUGGUGAGCAUGGAAAUACUGCUGGUUCUCUUAGUAUGGUAAAAGGCAUGCCUAACCUUGGUUCUCACUCAACUGUAUCAACAUCAAAUAGCCAAUAUUCAGAAUCCAGGGAUCAAGGAAGUGGUUUGAACAUUGGUGUCCCCACAAAGAACAAACUUUCUACUCAGAUAUUUCAUCAAAACAUUGCCAGUGCCAGCAAAAUUCAGUCUCAUCCACAAAAUACACUGAUAAGUUCAACUGAAGAUGCAGAGACCAGUCCCCCUCCUGGGUCAAACAAUUCUUUAGCACCAUCUGUUAUAAUAGUGCAAAAUGAUAAGGUAGAAGCAGUGAGUGGCUCUCUCCCUUGUGGUGGAGGUCAUGCUCUUGAUGUUACAGGAGCAAAGGACCUUACUCUUGGCACUCCAGCAGUAUUGCCAGUUAUGAAGUUUGGUGAGCAGCAUCCUAGGGGACCUGAUAUCCCAUGCACUGCUAUGGCUUUCCCAGGACUUUUGGCUCAUCAACCCAGUGACAAUUCUGAGCUUAAUAAAAUUACUUGGCUGCAAACAUUGUCUGGUGCUACUGGGGUUCUUGGGGCAACAUAUGAUCCUUCUUAUAUUGGCAGUCAUUAUCCCCAACCAUCAGUAUUCCCAAGACACCAUUGUGUGACUGAAGUUCCUGUUUUGUUGAACUCCCCUGAAAUACCAGAGGUUGUAGGUCAUGAGCUUGGCCAGCGCAAGAACAAACUUCUCAGAUACUCAGAGAUGAACUUCGCUUCAUGAACAUGGUUGGACUGUUUAAGUAAGCAAGUCCUUUUGCUAUAGUCCUGUCUCCUGUGCACUGGCCUGCUCCUUCUGCUGGGUCUGAUCUCUCACCAUGAUGAUCCCAAGGUGGCAGUUCCGAUCCGUGUACUCUUGCUCCUGGUCAAGAGGAGUAACUUUGGCUCUGCUCUGCUCUGCUCUUCUCUUCUCUUCCGUAGUAAUUUCCGGUUGAUUUGAUCGUUUUGUCAGCAUGGCCUUGGUUUGAUAUUUCUUCUCGCUAUUACUCCCUCCGUCCGAAAAUACUUGUCAUCAAAAUGAAUAAAAAGAGAUGUAUCUCGAACUAAAAUACGUCUAGAUACAUUCCCUUUUAUUUAUUUUGAUGACAAGUAUUUCCGGACGGAGGGAGUAGUAUUUAGUAGUAGCAUGUUGACUCCUAGUUGGUGGUUAGCCAUGUCUUCGUACUCUUUUGACGUACUUAGUGCAGAUUAUUUUGUAUGCUGCUUAUAGUUGUGUUCUUAUGUGCUGCUAGUACAUGGUUAAACCCAGUCUUGUAGUCAGGGAAGAGAGCCAUACGAUUCCUGUCCGUUGGAUGAUUUGGAUCA